AUGGAUUCCAACAACUACGGUCCAUACCAAAUAGAAUGGGAAAAGUUUGAAGAAUGUAAAGGUCCCAAACAGGGCGAGUGCGGCAAGUUUGAAAUCAAGAGUUCACAAAACAAAUCCGACGUUGUGUUUCUGUUGGAUUUUCCCAAGGAUUGCCCGGCUACCUCGGCAAAAAUUGUGGUUAGCACGAUAAACAACAACGUCACAAAAAAGCUGUGGAACUAUGCUUUGAACAAGCCCUGCGAACAUUUUGUUAUGGGGCCCGUUCUCGUGGAUUCGUUCAAUUUGACUAAGAAUUGCAAAGUUAACAAGGGCCAGUACGAGAUACACCUUGACUUUUUAGGGAAAACUAAGGUGUUUUUGGGGACAAGUUUCUUUUACGGCCGCUACGCAUUCAAGACCAUGUCGUAUAACAAAUUAAACAACUUCUUCUGUGUGUAUACAUUACUUACCAUCAGGAAGGCAGAUUAA